AUGAGCGACGAAGUCAACGGCGCCGGCGAGCGUUUCGCCAUUGGUAUCUCUUUCGGCAAUUCUUCCAGCUCCAUUGCCCGUAUCAACCCUGAAGGCAAGGCUGAAGUUAUUGCCAACGAAGAAGGAGACCGUCAGAUCCCUACCGUCCUCUCGUACAUUGGUGGAGAGCAGUACCACGGCUCCCAGGCAAAGGCUCAACUAAUCCGCAAUGCGUCAAACACUGUUGCAUACUUCAGAGAUUACCUCGGCAAGAACUUCAAGUCAAUAGACCCCACCCCAUGCCACAACUCCGCACACCCAAUUCAAACCGACUCGACCGUUGCUUUCUCCAUCCGCGACACCGAGAGCGAGACCGCCAACACCGUCACUGUCUCCGAGAUUGCUACCCGUCACCUUCGCCGUCUGAAGCAGUCUGCCUCUGACUUCCUUGGAAAGGAGGUCAACUCAGCCGUCAUCACCGUCCCUACCGACUUCAGUGAUGCCCAGCGCGAGGCCUUGACCACUGCCGCUAAGGCUGCUGGUCUUGAAAUCCUUCAGCUCAUCCACGAACCCAUUGCUGCUGCUCUUGCCUACGAUGCCAGGCCCGAGGCUGUCGUGGCCGAUAAGCUCGUCGUUGUCGCCGAUUUCGGUGGUACCCGAUCCGAUGCUGCUGUUAUUGCUUCCCGCGGUGGAAUGUACACCACCCUCGCCACUGCUCACGACUACGAGUUGGGCGGUUCUACCCUUGACAAAAUCAUCAUUGAUCACUUUGCCAAGGAGUUUAUCAAGAAGCACAAGACCGACCCCCGCGAAGACGCUCGCGGGCUCGCCAAGUUGAAGUUCGAGGGUGAAGCCACGAAAAGGGCUCUGAGCUUGGGUACCAAUGCCACACUGAGCAUUGAGUCUCUCGCCAACGGCGUCGAUUACGGCUCUACCAUUAACCGUACUCGUUACGAGCUUCUUUCCGGCAAGGUCUUCUCUCAGUUCACUGGCUUGAUCGAGCAAGUUAUCCAGAAGGCUGGAUUGGAUGUUUUGGACAUUGAUGAGGUCGUCUUGUCUGGUGGUGUUUCUCACACCCCCAAGAUCGCCCAUCUCACUCGCAGCAUCUUCCCCGAAAAGACCAAGAUCCUCGCUCCCGCCGUCGACACCACCGCCAUCAACCCCUCUGAGCUGGCCGCCCGAGGUGCUGCUAUCCAGGCCUCGCUCAUCCAGGAGUUCGAAACGGAAGACAUUGAGCAGUCCAUCCACCCCAUGGUCACCGCCACCCCUCACCUCACGAACGCCAUUGGCGUUGAGUUCACCUCCGGUGAUGCCGUUGAAUUCCUGCCCCUCCUCAACACCGAGACCGCCCUCCCCGCCCGCCGCGUUGCCCAGUACAACGUCCCCAAGGACGGCGGUGACGUGCUCGUUCGCGUCGUCGAGGGUGUCCGCGAAAUCAAGGUCACCAAGCCCGAGCCCAAGCCCAAGGAGGAGAAGCCCAAGGCCGAUGAUGACGAGGAAGACUCCGACUUCGACUCCGACGAGGACGAGGAGGACGAGAUCCGCGAGGUCAUCUGGAAGACCGAGAAGCCCAUCGCCGAACUCGCCGUCAAGGGCGUCAAGGCCAACGGCAAGGUCGAGCUCAUGGUUCACAUCAACGCCGACCUCGGUCUGCAGAUCACCGCGCGGGAAGUUGGCGGCCAAAACGCCGUCCGCGGCGCCGUUGAGUCGCCAUGA